UUUAACAUUUUUAUUACAAAACAGAAUCAUGUUUGCCUUUCUCUCCUUCAAAUCGUAUUGUUUCCAGUGAUUUAUCAUCUCGGCAGUGAGGGUUUUUAUGGUUAGAAGAAACAGAGAUUCAUUACAUUUAAUCGCGCAUUUAAGCUGAUACAGAAUGCUUCAACACCAAGUUGUGCAGUCCCCUGCUAGGCUAGGCCUAACAAACCCUAACUCACCAUCAGUUUUGAACCCCAACCCUCAAAAGCCACCGCCUUCUCAGACCCAUCAUCACCAAAACCACCAUUCCGCGGCUCCUUCAGCCGCUCUACUCUCUCUUUUACCACCUCUCCCUAGAGCACAGGCACUUCUUUCUCAAAUGGCUACCUUAGCUUCAAAACUCUUUGAUGUAUCACCCAACAGAUCGGUUUGGCUCACUGCAUUCCGUGGAUCACUCCCAACAUUCCUUUCUUCCCAAACCCAAUCACAGUCAUCUUCCUCGCUUGAGUCUUCUCCUUCCUCUACCAAAGAAAUUAUUUCACUUUUCACCUCCCUUCAAACCCAAAUCUUUGAAUCUGUCUCUGAACUACAAGAAAUUAUUGAUCUACAAGAUGCCAAGAAGAAGAUUGACGCGGAAAUUAGGUCAAAAGAUUCAGCACUUCUUGCAUUUGCCAACAAACUCAAAGAUGCUGAGAGGGAACUUGACAUUCUUGUUGAUGAUUACUCUGACUAUCGCCGCAACAUCAAGAGAUUGAAAUCAGGAGAUGAUAGCGAAGAUGAUUCUUUAACCACCUCAACUGUCUCAUCUCAGCUGAAACUGUCAGAUAUAUUAUCAUAUGCUCAUCGAAUCAGUUAUACAACCUUUGCACCACCAGAAUUUGGAGCAGGAACAGCUCCUCUUCGUGGUGCUAUGCCACCUGCACCACAAGAGGAACAAAUGAGAGCUUCGCAGCUAUAUAACUUUGCAGAUCUUGAUAUUGGAUUGCCUAAAGCACUUGAGAAUAAGGAGAAAACAAUUGAGGCUAUUAUUGAGCCCCCACCUUUACAGCCCGUGGAUAAUAAUCCUCUUGCAAAUUUGUCUGCAAUUCAAGGGAUGCUUCCUCCCAAUUUUUCUAUACCGCCUGGUUGGAAACCGGGAAUGCCUGUACAGUUGCCUAUUGAUAUGCCAAUUAAGCCCCCACCCGGGUGGAAACCAGGGGAUCCUGUGGCAUUGCCUCCUAUUGACUCACUUCCAGCACCAAGACUUGAGGAACCAAAAAUACCCCCUCACAUUCCUCAGCCCAAGCAGCCUGAAAUUAUUCAAGUGCAGCAUGUUAAUUUGGAUCUUGGAGGAACUGAUAGCAGUGAUUAUAGUAGUGAUGAGGCAAGCUCUGAUGAAGAAGAUUGAGAAGUCCAUGUAACUUAUUUUCUCAAAUAGUCGACUGUAAAGCAUCUAGUUACUGUUUCAAGUAAUAGGACAUAGUCCUCAGCUGAGGGAAAAGUUAAGCUUCUGGAAAAGAGUUGAACAUCCUUGGGCAGCAUCAGCUAAUUUGAGAAAAUUCACUCAGGAGGGGAACUCAGCCGCUUUUUUUGUUUCUCUUAUCAUAUUUUUCUUGUUAAACCGAGACAGUUGAAGAUAAUGUAGUUGAUUCUAACUUUUUACUUGUUACUAUUGGUCUUGGCGAUUUAUGGAUUUUGUAGAGGUUACUGAAUCGAUUGAAGAUAAUGUAGUUGAUUCUGAUAUUUUGUUUGUUACUAUUCGUCUUGCGAUUUCUGGAUUUUGUAGAGGUUACUAUGACAGUUGAAGAUAAUGUAGUUGAUUCUGAUAUUUUGUUA